CGAGGAAGCGCUCACGCGGCCAGACGCAGUUUGCACGCGGCUACGCUAUCAUACGGUUGUAUCGGAAUAUCCUCCUCCCUAGGGUAAACCGUCUCUUCUUGAAGAGGGUAUCAAGGUCAACCGAUAUCGCUGCGACGUGGUAAUAUCCGAGUCGGUUCGUCAAGAACCGCAGUCGCGCGCCGCAGAUCGUCCUCUACGUCCCUCAGGCGCCUGUCACGAGGAUAACAUCGUUAUUCCGUAAUUUACCAUGAUGUGGACAACGUUGAUCACAGGACUCAUUUUACUAUCGGCGAUACCGCCCGGUCUUCCACGAAGCGUCUACGAUGUUGAAGGCCGAUCGAAGCGCAGUAUCGACCUAAACGAUGUCUACUACUCGAAAAUGCGUCAAUACAGAUUACCAAACGAAGUUACAGCGACCAGUUAUCACUUGGAUAUGAAAAUACCCUUCACCGAGAAAAAUGAAUUCAACGGUCAAAUCAAGAUCAACCUCACCUGGUCAGAUACUAGUGAUAGAAUAACUCUAAACGUUCAUCAAAAUCUUGAUAUUUCGUUGGUCAGCAUCAGGAUGAUCCAACUACCGCCCGAUGAAGCGGAGAAGGGUGCACCGAUGGAUGUUUACAUCGCAAGGACAGAACGACAAAAAACGAAAUCCUGGUACAUCAUUCAUUUAGAGCAAAUGCUGAAGAAUGGAAGUGCAUGCGAAGUGGCCAUCACAUACUCUGGAAAUCUCACGACAAAUGAGACUAUUGGCCUCUACAAAAGCGCAUAUAUGGAUACCACGGGCCAAAAACACCCCUUCGUCGCCACUUACUUACAAUUAGAUAAUGCGCAGAAGAUGUUUCCCUGCAUGAAUGAACCGCCCUACAAAGCGACUUUCAAAUUAAAAGUGUCGUAUCCCAAAGGUUUCAAGGCGCGUACAAAUACACCAUCGAUCUCCCAACGCACGAUCGACAAAUACAUCGAGGAAGAAUUUAAAGAAACACCAAGAAUGUCGACAAACCAAUUGGCUCUUAUAAUAUCAGACUUGGAAACCAUUUUCCCUAGAGAAGAAGUAAACGAGAUGGACGGACAGAGAUUGCAAGUGCAGGUUUGGGGCCGCAAGGAAUUCCUGGAGUCGCUGACCAAGGUUCCCGACAAAGUCGUUAAGAUCGUUAAUUAUUUGCAAAAUUAUUUUAACAGCUCUCUCGGUUUACCCAAAUUGGAUUUGAUGGCGAUUCCCAUGUAUAGUGCUUCUAAAGCUUCUGACUAUUGGGGUCUCAUGUUCUUCAAGGAAAGUGAACUCAGCAGUCCUCUAGUGUGGACCACUGCCUACGAACUUCUCUAUCAAUGGAUAGGUCAAUCCGUCACUCCGUAUCGUCGGAAUGAUGCACCGGUUAACAAAGCUCUUAAUUCGUAUUUAGCAUCUAUGGCGACAAUUGAUCUCCAUCCGGAUGAAAUGGAAGGAAAAUGGCCAAUGACAGUGUUGUAUUCCCUGUAUUAUGAAUUUGCACAGACGGCACCUUUCUCUAGAGUAGCCGGGAUUAGACACGAAGCAACAUGGACUAAAGCCGAGUUGGUUUUCCGAAUGUUUAAUUACACCUUUGGUCACGAACUGUUCCAGAAGAGCGUGAGAAAUUUCUUCCAUCAACAGUCGAAAGAGAACCGUCGAACCUUCUUCGCUAACGACAUCUUCACUUACCUGAACGACUUGGCGAAUGAAACGAAUAGUUUGCCGCCAGGUCUGACCAUCAACGGCAUCGCCGCAUCAUGGAUCAACCGGGACCGAGUGCCGUUGGUCACGGUCAUUCGUGAUUACGAAACUAGAAAAAUUAAUCUCAGUCAGAAAGUCUAUCUGAGAGACAUACCGCCACAAUCGACAGCGAAAGUAUCGUAUCAAUGGGACAUCCCGAUUGUGAUGCAGGCUCAGGAUAAUCUAAAUUUCCAGAAUACUAACCCGACCGUGUGGUUGAGAAAGGAGACGGAACCAAAGAACUUAACUAUCACGGAUAUCACUAGCAAAGAUAAUUUUAUCAUUGUUAAUCCUGAAGAGAUAGGAAUGUUUCCGGUAAAUUAUGAUUCCUGCAAUUGGAAGAUGUUGUCGCAAUAUCUGCAAGGACCAAAUCGCGAGAGAAUACCUCCGUUAACGAGAGCGAAACUGCUGCACGAUGCAUGGAACUUGGCGUAUGCCGGCGAAUUGUGCUUUGGCAUUGCCAUGAACAUGACUCUCUUCCUAAAACAGGAAAAGAGCCACGUGGUUUGGGAACCGGUAUUCACGAUGAUUCAUCAUGUCGGUCGGCGGAUCGAAGGAUUAGAUGUAUAUUUCAAAUUCGAGGCUUACAUCCGAAGCUUGCUGAAACCUCUCUAUUUAGAACUUGGUGAGAAUCCGCUACCUGACGAGCCCUCUUGGAAAACUCACAUGCGUGGUCUUAUGAAGAAUUUCCUUUGCCGGACUGGAUAUGAACCUUGUAUUAAAGAAGCAAGAGAUCAGUUCAAGAAAUGGUUGAUCGAUGAAGAACCGGACAAAGGGAAUCCGGUCGCAAAUAAAUUUCUGUGCCCGGUGUUUAAAUGGGGCACUAACGAAGAAUGGGAGUUCGGACUGCAACGCGUCAUAAAUUUCCCGAAGACCAGCUUAGCGAGAAAACAGAAUGAGCGCACCUACUUGCUGAAGACUCUUGCCGGGUGUCCAAAGGAUGCGAAUAAGAUCGAAAGGCUGCUUCAAGUGGCCGUGCUGGAUCAGAACGAGAACUUCACGGACGCGGACGUCCAACUGAUCUUCAGUAUGUUGACCGGCAGCGCGACCGGUUACAAGACCCUAUUUAACUUCCUACAGGAGCACUGGUAUACCGUGAAGGAUCGAUUCCAGAACAAGACCUAUCUCUGGGACGGCAUAGUCAACUCCGCCACGUCUUCGUUCAACACGCAUGAGGGCUACGACAUGGUGAGCCAGCUCUAUAUAAACCAUCAGAAUGAAUUCGAAUCGGCGGACGCCAUCAUCAGGAAGGCGCUCAGGAUCAUUAAGCAGGAGUCUAUUAAGUGGAACGAGGAAAACGUGCCGGUGAUCGAUGCUUGGCUCAAGGAGAAUCUCUCCAAGGAAGACUUGGAGGCGAUCGCGGCUGCGACGUCUAUCUCCACGACCACCGUACCGACAACGACAGAUUAAACAGCUGGAUGCGAUGAAACCUGCGAAGCAUGGAUGAAUGAAUGAACUUGAAAAUUCGGAAUUUUGAUAUUAAUAAUCCGUGUAAUCUACAUCUUUUCAACUGUUCUGAAACUUGUUUCUUACUCCUUUUUUUUAAACGUAAUAAUUAUAACGGUACCUUUUUAGUUUGCUUGAUAAAUAGAUAAUAGCAUAUCGCAAUAACUUUGUUCUCUUAUAUUUAAUGUUUAUUCGAAUUGAUGGUGAGUUAUGCAACUCAAACAUGAUAUGGAAAUUGUGUUUCUGAGCGAGAAGGACUGACACGGUGGCGUAAUUAAAACGCGGCGAGCGUUAACAUCAGAGAUUUCCCUAUAGAUAUAUAGUAAAUUAGAAAUAUCAAAAUUUUGAAAAUAAUAUUGUAUUACAUUUUAUAAAUAUUAAAUUUUUAUUUUUGUAAAACUAAAGAAAUUCGAUAUCGUGUGAUGUAUUUAUUUCAUCGACACAGAUGAUCAAAGUGUUUUUCUCAGGUAAAAAAAUGAUAGGAAAACAUCACUCGCAUAAAAGUAAUUUAGUUAGGAUUUAAUGUGUGUAAAAUUAUUUCGAUAAAUAAAACAAUUCAUAUAAUAUAA